GAUGAAGAAGGAAGCUCCAUCUAUCAGUCAAGACCAAGGUCAGCUAAGUCAACGUACAAUUCAAGACAUGACUCAAAUAAUAAAAGUCAGCCAAGCAUAUCUGCAUCUACAAGCCAGUGAACACAUGUCAUUAAUCCAACCGUUCUGUCAGAGUGAGUUAGUAGAAAUUAAGCAACCCGUUCUGCAUGAAUAGUAUAUAGCCUCAAUUAGCAUCUGUAAUUAGAUUAGCUAAGCAUUUUCUCUGUAACAAACACUCAGUGAGAUAAUCAAGAUCGUUUAGCUCUCUCUCUCCUUUUCCUUCGUCUUCUUCCUCCUUUCUCUGGUUCUUGGGUUUUCAAUUGCAUCAUCACUACUCCAUAAUUUCCAACACCAGGCUACUAGCUAGUAUUCCCAGCAAGCUUAUUAGUAAUGAAUCUUUUAUGUCCAUGGAUAAAUGAAUUUUUAUGUGUCUAAUUAUGUUAAUACAUACUAGGUGGUUGUGUAUACGCGCGUGUGUCUGAAUGAAGGUUAAAAGCCUCAGAAGUAUAUCUUCAAGCUCUAUUCGCUUUUGAUAUGACCUCAAGCCUGCAACUGCAGAAGCAUCUAAAGGAUUCUGCAGAAUAUUUUAUCGCUUCUCUUUAAAUUUCUACCUGCAAAGCUUAGAAAUAUCCACCCACGACAUUUUCUGGUUCUUUAAAUGAAAAGAAAAGAAUUUUUGACUUGAUUGAUUUCCUAAUUUCCUAUGUUUCUAAUCCAAUGCAUAUUGGUUUCCAGAUAAAACGUUUUCUGAAUCCUGAUGCGCACAGCUAGUUCUUCUAUUGUUGAUCCACUUGCCAUUCAAUGGAAAUAAAUUACUUUACAUCUAUCUAAGUAUUGAUCUGUUAAAAAAUCUUUCAAAAUUGUUAAAUGCUUUUCCUUUUUUACUUAAUUUCAACAUGUAGUUCUGAGCUGUGCUCGAAUAUUUCUUUUCAAAUGAAUCAGUAAUGUAUAGGUUUAUGGAAAUUAAUGAAUUAACAAUUAGUAGUAUAGUACGCAACUUUUGAAAAAGAAAAAGAAAAAAAAAAGACAAACAGUACGUACGUAAUUAACCAAUAUAAUUUUAAAAUUUUUGUGUUAAUUAUUACUUAUGCUCAAUAUUGGGAUAUCUAUUUUGAUGUUCAAUUAAACAAGAGGCAUCCUGCACUCCUUUAAUAUUUAAUAUGAACAUUACAAGGUAAGUACGUACCGUUGGUAAUCCCACUGAAUUAUUGCUAGAUAUAUUUUUACUCUAGUGAGGCACAUAUUUUGUACAUCAGAUGAUUAUCUUCACGAUGACUUUGGUGUUAGUUUAUUAGGAGAUAUUCUGCUCUUUAUUUCUUUGAUCACAGGUAACAUGCCUAUAUAUACCUGGGAGGUGUAGUGCACUUGAGCUCAUAACUCAACAACUAAAGAAAUGGCAUCACCCCAGCUACGGCUACCAGGAGGCUUUGAGAGCUCUAGCUCUCUUAUGAGCAUCCUGGAGAUCACCAAAGAGUCACUAACUGAAGUCCCACAAUGUUACGUCCGUAGUUUCGAAGAACCAGAACUUUCAUCUGAUCUCUCUGAUAAGCCCACCGUAAUCCCAACCAUCGAUAUGAUAAAACUAGUAACGGGAUCAGAAGCUUCAGAUUCUGAACUGGAAAAUCUGCGCUCAACUUGCAAAGAGUGGGGAAUCUUUCAGUUGGUGAACCAUGGAGUUAGCCCUAUGCUUUUGGAGAAGCUGAAGUACGAGGUUGAAGAAUUCUUUAAGCUUCCCUUGGAAGAGAAAAUGAAGUAUCAGAUAAGGCCUGGUGACGUUGAAGGCUAUGGAUCCAUAGCCUAUAAAGAGCAAAAACGUGACUGGGGUAAUAGAUUCUACAUGACCAUGAACCCUGUUCAUAGGAGAAAGCCAUACCUCUUCCCAGAGCUCCCUUCAUCCCUCAGGAAUACCUUCGAGUCAUACUACUUGGAACUGAAGCAACUAGCCAUGGAACUUAUUGGGUUUCUGGGGAAGGCUGUGAAGAUAGACAUAAAAGAGACUGAGGAGAUGUUUGAAGAUGGGAUGCAGUCAGUGAGGAUGAAUUACUAUCCUGCAUGCCCACAACCAGAGCUGGUCAUCGGCUUCACACCUCACUCGGACGCUUCCGGGAUCACCAUCCUCCACCAGCUUAACGGGGUGGGUGGUCUGCAGAUUAAGAAAGAUGGGGUUUGGGUUCCUGUCAACUUCCGUGAAGAUGCCUUUGUGGUUAAUGCAGGGGACAUCUUUGAGAUCCUCAGCAAUGGAGUGUACAAGAGCAUGGAGCACAGAGCUAUGGUGAACUCUGAGCAAGAGAGGAUCUCAAUCGCUAUGUUCUUCAACCCCAAAUUCGAGGCAGAAAUUGGACCAGUGACCAGCUUGAUAACCCCAGAAAACCCACCACUGUUCAAAAGGAUUGGGAUGGAACAGUACGUCCAAGAUUUCUACACCCGCCGUAAGCUCGACGGGAAAUCAUACUUGGACCAAAUGAGGCUCCAGAAUGGGAAUUGAGUAAUACUACUGCUGUACUGCAUGCUUAGUUCCACGAUAUAUCCAUAUAUAUAGUUUGCUUCACUACUUUCAAAUAAAGCGUUCCUUGUGUAUAAUACCAACGCUGCAGUGUAAAAAUACCAGUCUUAAGACUUAUUG